AUGCCUUUGAAGCUAAAUGCACCCAUGGACUGUAUCAACAGUUCACAAGAGCGUAAAGGUAAAAAAAUCACAGGAGAACCAACCAGAUCAGAGCAAGCCAUCAACCCAGAUGUUUAUGUGGAAAGGAAGUCAUUGUGCCAUCUGCUGUCAUUUUGUGGACUGGGAAAUCAUGAUGCUGAUGUUAAUAAGUUUAUUUCAACUCUUGGCUUCACAUCAGCAGAUUACUAUUCUAAACUCAUUGAAAAUAUAGUCUCAUCAUUAGUGAUGGAACUCGGCAGAACCCAGGUUAAUGGAUUUAACAGUCAAGAAAACAUCUCUUGUCGAGUAACCUCCAUGUCUCUUCUCUGCAUACCUCUUAUAACUCUGCCUGAUAUAAAACCACUUCUUGAAGCUCUCCUUAACUAUCAUGAUCAGGGACCACAAGAAGUGCUUCACUCUCAGUUUUUAGAAGCACUGAAUGAGGCUAUACUACAGAAAAAUAUCUCAUUAUCUGAAACUGCUGUCCUGCAAUUAUGGCUUCGUCACCUUCCUAGUCUGGAGAAGGCAAUACUACAAAAUAUUGAACAAUUAAUAUCCAGUCAAACAAGAUCAAUGCAAGAGAUGGCAUGUGUGAUAAAAGAUUCGUUAUUGCACCAAGCUGCAUGUUAUCCAGCUGUCUUUAGAACUAUUGAUGAAAUUUUCAAGAAUGCACUGCUGGAAACUGAUGGAGCUGAAGAAAUAAUGACUUUAAUGCAGGUGUUUACACAGUGCUUUGUUCAAGCUUACCAUGAGAAUAAUAAACAGCAUAAAUUUCCACUGAAGGCCUAUUUUCCUCAUAAUCCACACUCACUUGUGAUGGCUCUCCUUAAACUUCCUUCAGAUUUGCCUGGUAAUAGUCUAUAUCAGCAUUUAGACCACCUUGCUGGAAUGCUCAAAACAACAGUAGAGGUCGAAGACUCUGAGUCUUUGGACGAACUCUUCAACCACUGGUUUUUGUUGAUUCACUUUGGCGAAUGGGCUGAUCUUGCAGCUAAGCAGUUGCUGCUGUCACAAGCAGAGUCAUCUAACUUGUUGUGGCUUUUGGUAUUUUACUAUAGUCCAAACAACAUGAAUCGGCAGGGAACUCAAAUAAUGGUAGAAGUUAGAUCUGUAUGUGACCAUCUGACAAGCCUCUCAAGGAUGCCAACCAUUUCUGUUGCAGACCUACAAACUUUAUUCAGCAGCAAAACCAGUGUAUAUCAUUCUGCAACUAAACAUAUUGUUAUACAUCUGAUUAUCACCUUUGUGCUGUUUACUCCUAAUGGACACACCAUAGCCAGAGAAUUGAUUGCAUACGCUUAUUUACUCUUCAUCUCUGAGGUCUAUGAAUGUGGAGAACCUACUCAAGGCUAA